AUGGAAGGAGGCAGGCACCCUUCCCCGCCGCCCCGGAUCUCGCGCCAGCCCCAGCCCUACCCCGCCUGCCCUUCCAUUCUUCCCCAGCCGCCCCCCGGUCAACGUCACGAACCCGGGCCUCGUGCCGCAGGUGGGCCAUCGGCGAAGCGCCAUGGUCGUCGUCGGGGGGCAGGAACCAGGCGGUGUACGCGCGCCGCGCGCCCGGCUCUUCAUCGCCUCCACCCGCUCCAGCGUCUCCACCACCUCCUUCAUCGAGGGCCGACUGCGAGGCUCGCCGGCCAGGCAGCCGAGCGUCAGUUGCGCCGCUUGGAACGCCUGCUUUUGUUGAUCGUUUGUUUUGGUCUGAUUUCGGUGGGUCUAUCCGCAGAGAGGAAGAAGCAGAAGCUCUCCGAGAUCCAAUCCGGCGUUGAGGAAGCUGAAUCGCUGAUUCGGAAGAUGGACUUGGAGGCAAGGAGCCUACAGCCUAGCAUUAAGGCUGGUUUGCUUGCAAAGCUGAGGGAGUAUAAAUCUGACCUCAACAACGUCAAGAGUGAGCUCAAGAGGAUAUUUGCGCCCAAUGCCAGGCAGGCUACCCGGGAGGAGCUCCUAGAGUUUGGAAUGGCUGAUACUCUCGCUGUGAGCUAAUGCUAGGACUUGACUGUGUCUACGAGACUGCUCCUAACAAUAAACUGAAGAAAGCAAAAGAAAUCAUUCAACGUAUUCGCCGAAGAGAACUCUAC